AUGGAAAAAUACAAACAAGAACUCAAAACUGGAAAAUUCAUGCUGGAGGAUUGCGAAGAGGUCUUCGAAUUUGAAGACAAAGAAGACAUCGAGCUGGCAUAUGAGAAGAUCUGUCGAAUCCUAAAACAACUAGACAAAUCAAAGGAUGACGUCACAGAAAACAUGUUGGGAAGGGAGGAUACUAUCGACAUAGUGCGCCAAUGGAACCAAGUGCAGAAAGAAGAAAUCAGACCGAUUCGUGAAAUGCGCAAGAGAUUGAAGGAAAAACUGGACUGGUAUAGCGAUCAAGACUCCCGACAGAAGCAGGAAAGGGAAAUCGAGCUGCAAAGGCAAAUCAUGGAGGAACAGACCCGAAUAACCCUGCGGAAAGAGAAGGAAAUGGAAGAAAUAAAGAUCAGACAGCAGGAACGUGAGGAAGAAUGGUGUCGAAAGAAAUUGGAGUUGGAAACAGAAGCUGCUGCAAAACGCUGCCAAGAAGAAAAAGGAAAGGUUCAGUCAGUAAAACUGCAGAAAUACACGAUCACACCGUUUAAAGGAGAGUACAAAGAUUGGUUGCGAUUCUGGAAUCAGUUCAUGGUUGAAGUCGAUGGGUCGGGAAUCUCAGAAAUCAGCAAAUUCAACUACCUUUUGGAAUUGGUAACGGGAAAGCCUAGAGAAGAUAUUCUUGGAUUACCCCACACAAGAGAUGGUUAUGAAGAGGCCAAGCGGAUACUGGAACAAACCUAUGGCAGAGAUAUCAAGAUUCACAAGACUCUGAUCAAAGAAUUGGAGAAUUUGCCCCACAUCACAAGUGUUCAGAAGCUGACAGAGAUUCACAACUUUUACAACCAUCUCGCAAGGAUCAUCCGAACACUGGUCACCAUGAAGAAACUGGAGACUGCCCAGAGCUUCGUCUAUUCCCUGAUGGAUAAGUUGGGUCCUGUGAAAGAAGCCUUGGUGCGGAAAGAUGACGAAUGGGAAGAAUGGAAGCUAGAAGAGUUGGUUGAGAACCUCCGCAAAUACAUCGAUAGAAAUCCACUGCCAGAAACAGACACGGGAGCCUCGCCAUACCCAAGCCUGGUAAAUAAAAGAAAUGAAUUUCAAGACUGGAGAAACAAGCGGGAUAAGAUGCUACUUGCGAGUGUUGAGAAACCACAAAGGAGAACUCCUGGUUGUGUAUACUGCGGAUUGCCAAACCAUAGAAGUGUCGAUUGCUUGAAGGUUUUGGACGUUGCAGCCAGAAAGGAUAUCCUGAAGAAGAGUAGACUGUGUUUUAAUUGCACCGGAUUUGGACACAUGGCUACUAAAUGCAAUUCCAGAGAAUGCGGGAAAUGUAACCGAAAACACCACACAUCUAUCUGCGAUGUCACAACAGUGACAAGUUCUCCAGCUCCGAGCGCUCCAAGCCCAGAUAUAGAGCAAGGAAAACGUGCGGUGAACAAGAACACAGCGAUCCAUGCAACUGUGGUAGCGAAGGUAAAUGGAAUAACUGCUCGUAUAAUGAUAGAUUCUGGUUCUGGAAGCUCUUACGUUUGUACCAGUCUGUUGACACAAUUGAAGCUCAAGCCAUCAAAAAUCGAGAAAAGAAUCAUAGAACAAAUGUAUGGAACAGUGACUAGGAGAGUCGAGAUUUACAAAGUGAAAAUAACAUCUGACAUGGUAGAUGACUUUGAGAUGGAAUUGACUUGUAUCAAUGGAGAAAAAGAAAUACUAACUUUCUUACCGAAUCCAAGAAUCAAGUCCCUGAAGAAGAAAUACAAUCGUUUCAGAUGCCUCAGUUUCAGUGAUGAAGAUGCAAUGGAUGAUAUGUUGCCAGUCCAUUUGAUAUUGGGAACCUCUGACUUUCAAAGAAUCAGAACAACUGAGCCAUUGGUAUUAGGCCCCAACCCUGACCGUGAUCCUGGAGCAGAGUUCACAAUGCUUGGCUGGACAUUGAGUGGAAAAACGGUUGGCAGUGAAGUUGGAGCAGAAAAGGGUUUCUUCAUGAAUUCAACCAAAGAUGAAUUUGAACAAAUGUGUUCGUUGGAAGUUCUUGGAUUGUCUGAUGAACUUGGAAAUGAGGAAGAUUUUCAUGAAAACUUCAAGAAAAACAUCAAACGUAUGGACGAUGGAAGUUAUCAAACAAGAUUGCCAUGGAAACCAGAUCACUGUGCAGUACCAACCAACCAAGAUCUUGCAAUGGCUAGACUACACAGCACAACCAGAAAGUUAGAGAAGCUCGGAAAAUUAGAGGACUACCAUCAGGUGAUGUUGGAACAAGUUCAAGAUGGCAUAUUGGAGAAAAUCCCAGACAAACCAACUGGUGGAAUAGUUCACUAUGUGCCUCAUCAACCAGUUAUCCGUGAAGAAGCCGAAUCAACCCGCCUGAGGAUUGUGUAUGACUGCUCAGCCCGUGCAAGUAGCCAGGUGCCCUCAUUGAAUGACUGUCUGGAGACUGGACCGUCCUUACAACCUCACAUCUUCGACAUAUUGCUCAGGAAUCGCAUGAAGAAGUACUGCAUCACUGGUGAUGUAAAGAAAGCAUUUCUACAGAUCAAGCUGGAUCCAAUGGAUAGAGAUGCACAGAGGUUAUUUUGGUACGACAACUUGGAGGAAAGGACAAUAACAGGUUAUAGAUUCACCAGAGUGAUAUUCGGAUCAGCACCCAGCCCAUACAUAUUGGGGGCCACGCUUGAAAAACACAUUAACCAGUACGAAGAAAAGUACCCCCAAACUGUGAAGAAUCUGAAAGAAAACACGUAUGUGGAUGAUGUACAAUCUGUGUGCAACACUGUGGAAGAGCUUUUGAAUUUCAAGGAAGAAGCAACAAACAUCAUGAAGGAAGGUGGAUUCAAGCUGCAUAAAUGGCACAGCAACGCACCCGUUGAAGUUGAUGCUACCAGAAGCGAAACAGAAGUUGAAGAUCCCACAUACGCCAAAGUGAUCGUUGGGACUCAAUCAAGUGAGACAAAGAUCCUUGGAAUUCCAUGGAACACGGAGAAGGAUGAAUUCAGGAUCAGUUUUGCGAAGUGCAUAGAGAAUGGGAAUGGAGGAGCAGUUACCAAGAGGAAAAUGCUUUCAAUCAUCAAUGGCGUGUUUGAUCUUUUAGGCUUUGUAUCCCCUGUGAUUAUUACUGGCAAGAUCUUGUACAGCAAAGUGUGCCUGAAGAAAAUAUCUUGGGAUGAAGAAUUAACCAGCGAGAUCGCAGAACCUUGGCACAAAUGGAUCAAAUGCUUGGCUAGAACACCCUCUGUAUCCAUACCCAGAAGUGUAAUCAGUGGUGAAGUGGUGAAAAUGGUACUACAUGGCUUCGCAGACGCAAGCAAAUUAGCUGUUUCAGCAGCAAUUUUCAUCGUGGCAUAUUACUCAAAUUCAGAUGUGAGCCAACGUUUAUUGGUUUCAAAGUCUCGAAUUGCCCCUAAGAAGAGUAUUCCUCGCCUGGAACUUGUUGGCGCUCAUACUUUGUGUAAGCUGGUCAAUCAUGUGAAGAAAACAUUGGUUGAAUAUCCGAUAGAAGAGUUCCAUGGAUGGUUAGACAGCACAACAGUAUUGCACUGGUUAGAAGGCAAUGGUACAUGGACUCAGUUUGUAAGAAACAGAGCAACAGCAAUCAGAGAAAGCAACCUAACUAAAUGGCACUAUGUACCUACUGAAGAAAACCCGAGUGAUAAAGGCACAAGAGGACUUGCCCCGGAAAAACUUGGAAGAUUGUGGUUCCACGGUCCAGAUUGGCUGCAUAAUAAAGAUGAGUGGCCUAGUCAACCAGAUAUCGUGGAGACACCUGACACACUGUGUGAAAAUUUGCCCAGGAAAGAAAGGCAAUUGUUUGCCAAGGAACAGAUAAGGAAGCCAGAUCACUUAGGUACAUUGUUGGAGAAAUUUUCUUACUGGAAGACAUUACGAAUUACGGCCUUUGUGAUGAGAUUCAUAGCAAAAUGCAGAGGCAGAAGAAUUCAAGAGCCGAUGUUGACAGCAGAAGAGAUCAAUUCAGCAGAUACAUAUUGGAUGAAAAGGUCUCAGGCAUCUGAAGAACUCAAGUCUGACAUUGCUCUGGAAAUUGAUGAAAGUGGGGUGUGGAGAUGCAAUGGAAGAAUUCCAGGAUACAAUCCGAUAUUCUUGCCAAAAAAUAACAGAUUGGUAGCCUCACUUAUACAGCAAAGCCACGAGAAGACGCUUCAUGGGGGAGUUUCAAUGACGUUGAGUGACAUGAGGAAAAGAUACUGGGUUCCUAAACUCCGAUCACAAGUGAAGAAGAUUGUACAUCAAUGCAACCGCUGCAAGAGACACAGAGUUAAGCCCUUGCCAAGUCCAGGAAAAUCCAUGUUGCCAGAGUUUAGAGCCCAACUCAGUCAGCCUUUUGCAUUCACGGGAGUGGACUUCGCUGGACCGAUCAUAUACAAGAUCAAGAAGUCAACAUUUGGGAAGUCAUAUGUAGCCUUGUUCACGUGUGCAAGUACAAGAGCCGUGCAUCUGAAGCUUUGUAAAGAUAUGUCCGCACUAGAAUUCAAGAGAACGAUGAAAGAGUUUGUUGCUAGAAGAGGACUUCCACAAGUAAUGGUGAGUGACAAUGGAAGAACAUUCGUUGCAACAAAUAAAUGGUUGAAGACAUUGGUGAAAAAUGAAGAUCUGAUGAAUUUUUUGGCAGUUCGAAGGAUCAAGUGGAAGUUCAACCUUUCUCGUGCAGCCUGGUGGGGAGGUUUUUUCGAACGACUGGUAGGAAUUAUGAAAAGAAGCCUCUCGAAAACAAUUGGCAGGAAAGUCCUCACCUUUCCCGAGCUGGAAGAAGUCCUACUUGAUGUCGAGUGCACAAUGAACAACCGACCAUUAUGUUAUCAGGGAGAAGAGUUUGAGCAUCAAGUUAUCACACCGAAUAUUCUACUGAGAGGAAAACCUGAAGUGCUCUUGGAAGAAGACUUAGACAAACUGGCCAAAGGAACCCAGUUGACAAAACGAAUCAUAUUUACAAGGAAGAGCAAAGAGCAACUACGAAAGAGAUGGAUCAGUGAGUAUCUCUAUGCCCUAGAAGAGAGAAAACGGCGAUUCGGAGGAGGCGCAGAUAUUAUUCCCAAAACAGGAGCAGUCGUUUUGUUGAAAGAAGACACCAAGAACAAGUCGCUGUGGAAACUUGGAAGAGUGAUUGGGAGUAUCCAUGGCAGAGACGCAGUAGUUCGUGGACUGAAGUUGAAACUCGGGAAUGGAAAUAUCGUGGAACGACCUCUUCAACUCGUUUGUGACAUGGAGAUAGGUGGAGAAGAUGACGCAGCAGAAUUGAACCCCAAGGCAAAGGAGUUUAUUCCUGAAGGAAGACCAACGAGGAAGACGAAGACAGAAGCAUUGAACCAAAUCAAGGGAGUCGGAUUGUCACUGGGAGUUUCUACGCAAAAACAGGGCUUAGUACGAGACUACAGGAAAUUCCCCACAACACAGUUCACAGAAAAGCUGGUGAUGGAUUCUCACAUAAGCACAGGCCACGGGGGAGUCAGCAUGACAAUGUCAAGUGUACGAGAGAGGUUUUGGGUACCGAGGUUGAGAAAGCUUGUAAAGAAAUUGAGAUUCAAGUGUGCAGGAUGCAAGAGAUUUCAUGCAAGAGCAUUCAACAGUCCACCACCUGGGAUUCUACCAAAGGACAAAAGGACAGAAGUAGGCCAUUUGAGGUGA